AUGGCGUUGUGGUAUUUCGUGGGUACGAUAUUGCAGUUCCAGAUACACCGAGCGCUGUGCCGCGCCGCCGGCCAAUACGACCCCGGCGACAGCACGAAACCGCUGCACAAGUGCGACAUAUACCGCAGCAAGGAGGCGGGCAGAGUUCUCACAAAUUUGAUGGAAAAAGGUGCUUCUCAACCUUGGGCCCAAGCUUUAUUCGAAGCAACAGGAGAGGAUAAACUGGACGGGCAAGCCUUAAGAGAAUAUUUCAGGCCCUUGGAACAAUGGUUGCGCAGCGAAAAUUUGCGAACUCAAGAACAAGUUGGAUGGGUUUAUGAUGGCGAUUACUUAUCGAAACUGCAGGAUUGCAAGUCUUCGGCGGAUUCUACAAUUCAUCACCGAAAAUAA